GAAGCGUGGCCAUGGCGCUGGGCGCGACGCUCUCCAAUCCCAUCCGCGCCAGAGCUCCGCGCAAGGAUCUCUUCGCUGCGUCAGACAGGGAAAUCCUCCGGAGAUACAAUGCAAUGGUGCAACAAGGAAUGCGAUCGUUCAGCAUCGGACUCGUGCUCGCGGCAUUGAAAAUCUGCAAGAAUUCCAGGGACCUUGGCAGCGGCAGGAAGAUCCACAGCGAUCUGGUAGCCAGUGGCGACAACGCAAACGUGGUCGUGGCCAACACGCUGGUGGAUAUGUACGCAAAGUGUGGCAGCAUGCCGGAGGCUCUGGCGGUGUUUCGAGGUAUGGAUUUCCACAGCGUUGUCUCUUGGAAUUGUAUCAUCCUUGGCUAUGCGCAGAGCGGAGAUGGGGAGUUUGCUCUCGAGCUCUACGCGGCAAUGGAGGAAGAAGGCGUCUCUCCAAACCGCGUCACGCUUCUAGCGGCUUUGAAGGCCUGCGCUAGCCUGGCGGAAAAGGGAGAUCUUUCCGUGAGAUCCAGAUGCCUGGACCGAGGCAUUUUGAUCCACGAGCAAGCUGCCAGGAGCCAAGACGAUCUCGAGGUGGCGGUGGCAACGAGCCUGAUGGAUAUGUACACCAAGUGUGGUGCCAUGGUGGAAGCUCGCGGGAUUUUCGAGAAGAUGGAACGGCGGGACUCGGUGUCAUGGAACUGCAUCAUUCUCGGCUAUGCUCUCGCCGGGGAUGGAAGCCUGGCCCUAGAGCUCUUCGAGAGGAUGAAGAUGGAGGGCUGUGUUCCAGACUCGGUGACUUACGUUGCGGCUCUCAAGGCUUGCUCGAGCUUGGCAGAGGCAGAGGCGGAAGCCCCGGGGCUAGACGGGAAGCUCGUCAAGGCCGGGAGUUUUGAGACCGGGAGAAGGAUCCACAGGCAGGCUUCUCAGGGAGGGGACGAGUCGGACUUGUUCGUAGCGACAACGCUGGUGGACAUGUACGCAAAGUGUGGCUGCAUGGCCGAAGCUCGCAGUGUCUUUGGGAGGAUGGAGGAGCCCAGCGUGGUGUCCUGGACGGCGGUGAUCCUCGGCUACGCUCAGACUGGGGAAUGCGAGCUCGCGCUCCAGUUCUACGCCCGGAUGAAGCAGCGCUCCUGCGUCCCGGACGCCUUCACUUACGUCGCUGCGCUCAAGGCCUGCGGGAGCUUGGGUGCGCUGGAGAGAGGGAGAAGAAUCCAGGCUGAUAUCUCCAGCGCGGGUCUCCAGGGGGACGUGUUCGUGGCCAACGCGCUGGUGGAUUUCUUCGGCCAGGUUGGGAGCAUGGGCGAGGCGGAGGAGGUGUUCCAGACCAUCUCCCCGAAGAACUUGGUCUCGUGGAGCGCUCUCAUGGCCGGGUAUAGCUUCCAAGGCAACGUUGGACGAGUUCUAGAGCUGUUCGAGAGGAUGCGGAGGGAGCAGCCGGGGAUCCGACCGGACGAGAUAACUUUCCGGACGAUUCUCACGGCUUGCAGCCACGCCGGGAUGGUGGACAGGGGGAAGGAGUGCUUCGAGGAGAUGGCUCGGGUGUUUGGGAUCCGGCCGGGGCUGGAUCACUACAACUGCAUGGUGGAUCUUCUGGGACGAGCCAACCAUCUGGAAGAAGCGGUGGCUAUGGCGAGAGAGAUGCCGUUUGAGGCGACCCUGGUGACUUGGACGACGAUCCUCGGGGCGUGUCACAAGUGGAAGGAUGUGGAGGCGGCGAGGGUGGCGUUUGAUGCGGUGGUGGCGAUGGAUCGCAAGCACGCUGCUGCGUAUGUGCUCAUGUCCAAUAUCUAUGGAUUUGCCGGGAUGUGGGAGGAGCAAGCUCGAGUCAUAGAGAUGGGAAGGCGAAACAUGGAGUACGAUAGUAAAAAUUAACGAAUAUUAUAAAGUUGGUGGAUAAGAUAUAACAGGGGUGGUGGCGCAGUUGGUCAGCGCGUAGGUCUCAUAGCCCUUGAGUGAUCCUGAGGUCGAGAGUUCGAGCCUCUCUCACCCCAGCUUUCGGUUCUGUUUUUCAAGAUCAUGAAACGAUAAAUUUAACGUA